AUGGCUGCUCCAACUCCAGAUGUAGCGCUGCCAUUGGACAAAUUAUCCUUGGACUAUAUCGAUAAAGACGGUUUAUCAAGCUCCAUGAGCAAGGGGAAGAUGUUUGUCGUUUUGGUAUCAACUGGAAGUUUUAAUCCUCCUACAUACAUGCACUUGCGCUGUUUUGAAUUGGCAAGAGAUGCUCUAAUAUCGAAAGGCUUUUGUGUCAUUGGGGGUUACAUGUCGCCUGUAAAUGAUGCAUACAAGAAAAAGGGUCUCGUACAGGCUGAACAUCGUGUUGCAAUGUGUAGUCUUGCUUGUAAAAGUUCCGAUUUUGUGAUGGUUGAUUCGUGGGAGGCAAGUCAAAGCUCUUACCAACGCACAUUGACGGUUUUGUCUAGAAUUAAAAACUCAUUAUGCGAUAGUGAAAUUGUAUCCAGUGAGUCACUUAAGGUCUUGCUCGUCUGUGGUUCUGAUCUGUUAGAAUCCUUCGGUAUUCCUGGAUUUUGGAUUCGUGAUCAGGUCCGAACUAUUUGUCGAGACUUUGGGUUGGUUUGUGUCCGGAGAGGUGGCCAAGAUGUUGAGAAUAUCAUAUGUAAGGAUGAUAUUUUGACCGAGUACAAGGAUAAUAUCGUAGUCGUCGAUGAAGUUGUACCAAACGGGAUCAGUUCAACCGGGCUAAGGGACUGCAUUUCAAGAGGAUUGUCUGUGAAGUAUUUGACAGAUGAUGAAGUGAUUGAUUAUGUUAGACAAAAUGGGUUAUACAUAAAAACGGAAUGA